CUCCUCUCUCCUCGCUCUACACUACCCACCCCACCAGCUAUUUUUCCCUCUUCCAAGCUAUAUAUUUCAUCCUUCUCUCUGUACUAUUGUAUUAUUCAGUCUUGAAAUGGCCAGUCGUCUUCUCUGCCAGAACCAUAUCGCCACAAGUCUCCUGAGGCACCAGGCUUCGCGUGCAUCCAGCAGGUUUGCCGCCCGCCACGCCGCAGCGCUGCUCAGCACAUCGGCAGCAGCACGCAAGGCCGGGCGCGAGUGGGAUUACAUUGAUGGGCCGCCAGCAUCCAAGACCAAGGCGGGCGGCAAAACCAAGGCGCCAGCACGCCUGGCGGCACGGGCGGGCGAUCAGUCCACGGGCAACCAUGACAACACGGCCCGCGGAACAGGCGGCUCGGAAUCCUCCGCGGGCGGUGCAGCACACACGCCGCAAGCAAACAACGGCAUGGAGCCAAUCAGCCCCCGCAUGAUUGUGCGGUACCUGGACGAGUAUGUUAUCGGGCAGGAGCGUGCAAAGAAGACGCUGGCGGUUGCGGUGUAUAACCACUAUAAUCGUGUGCGCGCGAAUACGCUCAAGCGGCAGCGCGAGCAGCUGUCUGCAGCCUUUGCUGCUGCGACCUCUGCGCCUGCAUCGGGCAAUCCCUUCCACCCUCCAACGCAGCAGCAUGGGUAUAUUGACCCGGCCACUGCCGACCGGCAACAAGGCCGCAAUGGUACUGGCAGCGCGUAUCCGAUACACCAGUAUCCAUUUGUCAAUCGCCCGUGGAAUGGAGCAUUUGAAAACAGCGGGCUGUUUAUUCAUGACACGCCUGGUGCCCUCUGUCCAGCCAACGUCCUCAAAUACCCUCGCCUGAAUCACCCCCUGCAGGCGCCUCCAAUACAGCCAAGAACGCUGCUGGCCAAGACGCUGGCGCAGGUGCUGGAUGUGCCAUUCUCGGCCGGGUACGUGGGCGAGGACGUCGAGAUGGUGAUCCAGCGGCUGCUGCAAAACUGCGACUACGACGUCGCACGUGCUGAGCAUGGCAUUGUGUUUAUUGAUGAGAUCGAUAAGAUCGCCCGCAAGCCCGACUCGUUCUCAAUGUCCAAAGAUGUGUCGGGCGAGGGCGUGCAGCAGGGCCUACUGCGCAUGCUCGAGGGCACUGUGGUGACAGUGACCGACAAGACUGGCCAUGGGAACAGCAGUGGCGGCGGAGCAGGUGGCCAUUCGCCGUUUUCGCCGACGGGACUCGGCUCAACCACGUCGCAGACGACGCAGCCGCCUGCUGCGCCUGGGGCAGCGCCCAGCAACAUGGGUGUGGGUGGGCCGCUGCGGCGAGGCGGGCCGAUGUCGAGUGCCUUUGGACCGCCAGGCAAUGGCGCACCGGGCGGCUUCGGCAGCGGGCUGGGCGGGCCGCUGGGCGGCGGAGGCGGCAAAGGCGAGGUGUACCAUGUCGACACCAGCAACAUCCUGUUUGUGCUCAGCGGUGCGUUCGUGGGCCUGGACAAAAUCGUGAUGGAGCGGGCGGCCAAGGCGUCGAUUGGGUUCGGCAACCCGGUGCGCCGUGCCGGCGACACCACAUCGCCGGUGGACUUGCAGAGCAUGAAUGUGUCGCCCGUGUACUUUAGCGACAGCGCGAGCCUCUCGGGCGGCUCGGCCUUCAUCGGCCGGCUGCCGGUGCUGACCUCUGUUGGCGCGCUGAACAAGGACUCGCUGGUGCGCGUGCUGGUCGAGCCCAAGAACGCCCUGGUGCGGCAGUACGAGGCGCUGCUGGCGCUCAGCGGCUCGCAGCUGCAUAUCACCAAGCAGGCGCUGUACACCAUUGCGCAGCAGGCCAUUGACAAGCAGACCGGCGCACGUGGGCUGAGGCGGAUCAUGGAGAAUCUGCUGCUGGAGCCCAUGUUUGACUGCCCGGGGUCGUCAGUGCGGCAUGUGGUGAUCGACUCAGAUGUCGCUGCGUUCAAGAAGCGGCCCAUGUACUUUAGCAAGAUCCAGGAGGCCGAUGUAGAGGCCGCCAUCUGGAACGACGAUGGCGCCAGCGGCCAGCAGCCGCAGCCAGAUGCCUCAGGCGAGGGUGCCAAGAAGCGGUCGGCUGCAUCGUCAGCGUGACUGGCUCGGUCGGCUCGGACCGGACUCGGCCCCCUGAUGCCCACAGCAUUUUUGUUUUUAUUUCGUUGUAGCGAACAUAUUUCCUCCUGUUUUCAAUUUUCUCCACUUUCAAGCUCAUUUGAACUUUUA